CCCAGGCCUAGGUCCGCCGCCUCACCGACGCUGUCGUCGACGCCUUCGUCGACGACUUCGCACCCGCACUAUCUCAUGUAUGACGAAGACGGGGCCGCGACGGACCAGAAGAUGGAAGUGGACGAGCGGGGUGUUAUCGAGGCGAGCAGCAUGGUGAAUCCUGAACAGGUGAUGGCUGCCGCCGGUGGCAUCGGCGUGGGAGUCGGUAUCGGCGUGGGCGGACCAGGCGCGGCUACCGCGGGUGGUACAGGAUUGACUGGCUACUGGCAGCACGCGACCAGUGCUACAAGCUACUGGCCGUCGUUGUUCGACUGUUGGACGACACCGCCGAUCGCGUCCGGCUCGCAAACGCUGUCUUUGCCACGGGAUGACGAUUGAGGUAGAAUUUUGUCGAAAUACCGUACCGUAUACCGAAAUUUUAUCGAAAUACCGUAUAUCGUAUCCUGAUUCCUCAUCUCGUUACGAGAUCUUAUUUCGUUCUGUUAGAACGAAUUGAAUAUUUCAUAUUUAAGCAAAUGUGGCGCUGGACUAACACAUUUAUAUAUUUAUUGGAAAUUACUUUUUUUUAAAAAAGUAUGUAAGAGCCAAAAGAAUUUCGUGCAUAUAUCUUUAUAAAAUUAAGGACACAAAAUUAUGUUCAAUAUAUUAAUUAAUGUUGGAUUGAAUCGGAAAUGCAA